AUGGCUCAGAAAGGUAACGAAGUCGUUGAGCGCCCAUCGCCUGGUCAACCGGCUGAUGAAGAAACACCAGGAGAACUGGAAGCACUCGAAGAGAAUGAUCAAUUGGGUGCAUUACGCCCACGACUUGCACCGAUACCAUCCGACUCACCGGGUGCUGCGAUGUCUCCAUUCAAUAAAUAUCGCGGUUCAAUUGCCUGGACGGAAGGUUUUGAGCAGAAUCUGCACAUCCUCGCCAAGGAUCAGUAUCCAGAGCGUGCGAUGGGUGUCUUCACUAGUGGUGGAGAUGCGCAAGGAAUGAAUCCUGCCGUUCGUGCUAUUGUUCGUAUGGGUAUUUAUCUUGGCUGUAAGGUGUACUUCAUACACGAGGGUUACCAAGGUUUAGUCGAUGGUGGUAAUAGUAUCCGUCAAGCAACAUGGGCAUCUGUAUCUGGUAUUCUUGAUGAUGGUGGUACAAUCAUCGGUAGUGCUCGAUGCAAGGAAUUUCGCGAGAGACCUGGCCGUUUACGCGCUGCUAAAAAUUUAAUCGAUCAUGGUAUUAACAAUAUUGUAUGUAUUGGAGGUGAUGGAUCAUUGACUGGUGCAAAUUUGUUUCGAAAAGAAUGGGAUAGUCUCUUGAAAGAGCUUGUCGAAACAAAGGAAAUUACACAGGAAAAUGCUGAUAAAUAUAAAAAUUUAAAUAUUGUUGGUCUGGUCGGAUCGAUUGAUAAUGAUUUCUGUGGUACAGAUAUGACAAUUGGCGCUGAUUCAGCUUUACAUCGUGUUAUGGAAGCUAUCGAUUGUAUUACGACAACAGCGUCGAGCCAUCAACGUUGUUUCGUCAUGGAAGUCAUGGGCCGCCAUUGUGGUUAUUUAGCUUUAGUUGCAGCUCUGGGUUCUGACGCCGACUGGGUCUUUUUACCUGAAUCACCUCCAGGACCAGGAUGGGAAGAACAAUUAUGUGCUAAACUGAAGAGUACACGAGAAAUGGGACAACGUUUGAAUAUUAUCGUGCUUGCUGAAGGUGCAAUUGAUUCGGAAGGUAAACCAAUUACUAGUGAGGCCGUCCGUGAGUUAAUUACCAAUCGGCUCAAAUUCGAUACGCGUGUCACUAUUCUUGGUCAUGUUCAACGAGGCGGCUGUCCAUCAGCGUUCGAUCGAGUUCUUGGUACACGUAUGGGUACAGAAGCUGUAUUGGCAUUGAUGGAAGCAACCCCUACAUCUCAACCUGUGGUUAUUGCUCUCAGUGGUAAUCAGACCGUUCGCGUACCAUUGAUGCUUUGUGUGGAGAAAACACUGGCGGUUGCUCAAGCCAUGAAAGAAAAACGAUUCAAAGAAGCCCAAGAAUUACGUGGAAGAAGUUUCAAAGGAAACCUUGAAACGUAUAUUCGUCUCAGUAAACUACGACCAAAACUAUUCUCAAAUAAACAGCAAUCAUUCAAUUUGGCCGUCGUCAAUGUUGGUGCACCUGCUUGUGGGGUAAAUGCAGCUGUUCGUUCAAUCAUUCGCUAUGGCCUAUGCGAAGGACACAACAUGUUUGCUAUAUUCGACGGAUUCGAAGGCUUAGUCAAUAAUCAAGUUAAAAGUUUAAAUUGGAUGUCAGUAAAUGGUUGGAGUAGUGUCGGUGGUUCAUUGCUUGGUUGUCAAAAAGCUGGCGCAAGCAAAACUGGAUUAGCCAAAGUUGCUGCUAAAAUUCGUGAGCAUAACUUUCAUGCUCUAUUAAUCAUUGGCGGCUAUGAAGCUUAUACGUCGGUGCUUCAAAUGUAUGAAGCGAGAAAUAAACAUCCAGAGUUUCAAAUUCCACUCAUUUGUAUCCCUGCUACUAUUUCGAAUAAUGUACCCGGUACGGAGUUCAGUAUUGGUGCUGAUACUGCAUUGAAUGAGAUCGUCAAAAUUUGUGAUAAAAUCAAACAAUCUGCACAAGGUUCGAAACGGCGAGUGUUCGUUAUUGAAACAAUGGGCGGCUAUUGCGGAUACUUAGCUACGCUUGCAGCAUUGGCUAGUGGUGCUGAUCAAGCAUACAUCUACGAAGAACCAUUUACAAUUAAAGAUCUGAUUGAUGACGUUGAUCAUCUCCGAAAGAAAAUGGAAGGUCAUUUGAAACGUGGCCUCUUGCUUCGAAACGAGAUGGCCAAUGAACAUUAUACAACAGACUUCAUUACGAAAUUACUACAAGAAGAAGGCAAAGGUGUAUUCAGCGCACGAAGUAACGUACUCGGCCAUAUGCAACAGGGAGGUUUACCGACACCAUUCGAUCGAGCUUUUGCUACGAAACUGGGAUGUAAAGCGGUUACCUACGCUGUAUCCUUGAUUGAAAAAGUAGCUACAAACGACGGAAAUGUCGUUUGUAAUACACCUGAAAGCGCUGUAGUCCUAGGUUUACUUAAGCGACAAAGCGAAUUUACACCGGUGGAAUCUCUCAAAGCCAAAACUGAUCUCGAACAUCGUAUGCCACUUGAACAAUGGUGGCUUAAACUCCGACCAUUACUUCGAAUCCUAGCUAAACAUGAAAGUGUCUACAUCGGCGAUUUUAUCGAAUCAGGUGUUGAUGAAGUCGACGAGUAA